AGAGACGGAUAAGAAGGAACAGAGAAAGGAGAGAGAGAAGGAAAGAAGGGAGAGAGACAAAAAACGAAAACCCAUUUCCUUUCGCUUUCGGGUGCUCUUCACAAGACAAACGGCCUGGGGGGAGCUUUGCUCUUCCGUUUGUCUGCUAAGAACCUGAAAGCGGUCAAUCUCAUUCACGAUCUGCAGAAUCCCGCAUUGUUGCUUCUGAGAGAGAAAUUUGGUUAGGUCCAAUGGAAAAUGAGGAGAAGUCUUAUGGCUAUGUGCGCAGUUAUUGUUGAGUGAGAAAACUGAGGAGAGGCAUCAAUGCAUUUUAAGGUCUUGCCAGUAUAUUUCCCUUCUAUCAUCAGGGAAUUGUAAAGAAACGAAGUUGGUGUUUAGCUAUUGUUGUGUGGCCCUGGUCUCCUAAACUUUGUGAGGAUUACUGUCUGGUUUUUGCAGAUUUCUCAGGGUUAGUCAAAAUGAAUGGGAACCGGCAAAUGGAGGUGCAUUACAUAAAUACCGGGUUUCCUUAUACUACUACAGAAAGCUUUAUGGAUUUAUUUGAAGGUCUUGUAUAUGGUCAGGCAGAUUUUGCGUUUGCAGGAGCAAUGCAUGACCAGGAGAGUACAUAUUGGUCCAUGCAUGCAAAUUCGUAUAAAUUUGGAUUAUCUGGUCCUGGGAACACUUCGUAUUAUGCCUAUGAAGUAAAUGAUCAUGUUCCAAGAUUUGACGGAGGUCAGAGGGCUUGGGAGAACCCUUUCACAAUGAACAGUGAAGAAACUGCACCUGUAGUUAUGCAGGGAGGAGAAAAUGCGAGUGUAAACAGCAUUACUAGCCCAGAAGAAUGCAUUCGUGGUAAUCAUAAUGCCCGAAGCUCUCAGGUCUUUUGGCAAGACAACGUUGAUCCUGAUAACAUGACUUAUGAGGUUUGCUACUUAUGAUUUCCUAUUUUAUUUUAUUACUUUGCUAGAUAUGAUUCA